AUGGCAGGUACGUCUGGGAGACGGCGGACGCUAGAGCCCCGCCCGAGUGCGCAAUGCGAAUCCAUCGAUGGGGUCCUGCUUCUGCAUCUUAUCCCAGCUACGAAGCUCCCUAGGGAGUCACGGCCCAGACAUCUAUCGGUUGGCGGUCCGGUCUCCCACCCCUCCUCAAAAGUCCCGCUCCUCGCAAUCCUACCAAACUUGCUCCCUCUCUCCACUUUACUAUCUACCAUGUCGACCAACCCUUCUUUCGUCCUCCGCGCAGUCGAAGAUGUUGUGUACGAGGAACGUCCCAUCCCCGACAUCCUCGAUGAUGAGGUCUUGGUCGAGGUGAAAAAGACGGGUAUCUGCGGUUCCGACGUCCACUACCUCGUUGCAGGUCGUAUCGGCGACUUUAUUGUCAAGGACCCAAUGGUUCUCGGACACGAGUCUUCCGGCCUAAUUUCGAAAGUGGGCAAGAAUGUACACACCCUACAACCGGGCGAUCGUGUCGCAAUGGAGCCCGGCGCGACUUGCCGCGUUUGCGAAGACUGCAAGCGCGGACGGUACGAGCUGUGCCCUGAUAUUAUCUUCGCCGCGACCCCGCCCUACGACGGUACCCUCGCGCGGUACUACCGUAUACCCGCAGACCUCUGCUACAAGCUCCCGGCACAGCUUUCACUCGAGGACGGUGCGAUGAUGGAGCCCCUCUCCGUGGCCGUGCACGCCGUCGCCAACAUUGCCGGGCUGAAGACCAACCAGAGCGUGGUCGUCUUCGGCGCGGGCCCCGUCGGGCUCCUCUGCCUCGCCGUCGCGCGCGCGCUCGGCGCGUCGCGCAUCAUCUCGGUGGACAUCGUGCCCUCGCGCCUCGAGUUCGCGAAGCAGUACGCCGCGACGGAGACGUACCUCCCGCCGAAGCCGGAGCCGAACGAGAGCAAGCUCGCGUACUCGGAGCGCAACGCGCGCACCAUGAAGGAAAAGCUCGGCAUCGAGGAGCGCGGCCCGAAGUCGAUCGACCUCGUCGUAGACGCGAGCGGCGCGGAGGUGUCCAUCCAGACCGGCAUCAUCGUCGCGCGGCGGGGCGGGACCUACGUUCAGGUCGGUAUGGGCAGCGCUGAGAUCACCAUCCCGAUCACGACCCUGCUGGUCAAGGAGCUGAACUUCAAGGGCUCCUUCCGCUAUGGCCCCGGCGACUACCCCCUCGCUCUCGCCCUCGUGUCGCAGGGCAAGAUCGAUCUCAAGCCCCUUGUCACACACAGGUACCCGUUCACAGCCGCAAUCGAGGCGUUCGAGACCACCAAGGCCGGGAAAAGCGCGGACGGCAAGGGCGUCAUCAAGGCGAUCAUCUCCGGUCCCGACGUCUCUCCCAACGACCACUAA